CUUGAUGAGCGAACGUAAAUAAGUGACGGACAUAUCAUGUGCGAAUGUAAAUGCAUGACAGACAUUUCGUGUUAACCAGGAGUUAUGGACUACAUAGGAGUAACUUAUAUAGACAAUGGCUUAAAGAGGCUGAUCCUGUCAAGUAUCGUCACUAUUUGGAAAAGCAAAAAAAGCGAGUAAAAGAAAAACGAGAUAAAAUAAAAAGAGAACUUAAAAAGACAAAUCCAGACCCUGAAGUGGUUAAAGAGAAAGAAAGAAUCCUUUCGUUGCAGAGAAAGAGACAAGAGAAAUAUGAAAACAGAAGAAAACAGAGUGGAACAUACUUAAAGAAAUCACGAAAAGAGAAAAAUGCAUGUAUUAUUGAAACCAGGGCAAAAAUUCUGCAAAGGAAAGAGUACAAUCGGCAAGCAAAACGCAAUGAACGUGAAAGAAUGAAUUACCAGAAGAAAGAAUGGGUCAAGAAGAAAGACAGAGAGAGAAAGCGUAGAUCAAGAGAGAGAAAAAAUAUUUCCAAGGCAACAGUUACAGAAGUGCAGGAUAAAUCCAGUACACCCUUCAGAACAAAAAAGAGUGAAUGGAAUAUUACAUCUAAUGUAAGAAAAACACUUCCAAAGUCCCCAAAGAAGUUUGCCACAAUCUUACGCAAUGUAAUCAAAAACUCCAGUCCACAGCAGAAAAAAGAAGUAAGGAAAACCAUCGCUGAUGAGUUCAUCCAUGUUCCAGAAGCUGGCCUAAAGGAAAUGAAGAAGACAACUAAAGGAAAAAAGGCCUUGGUAGUCUUGGCAAGGUCUCUUGUAGUUAGAUACAGAAAUCUUAGCAAGCGCGCAGUUGCUACAAAACUGAAAAUUGACAGAAAAAACCUAACAAAGAAAACUAAGAAAAAGAAAAGAAAAUCACAGGAUGUCAAUAACUGCAUAAAAGAGUUUUAUAAACGAUCAGAUGUAUCACGAGUCCUUCCAACAAAACGUUACGCCACCAAAGAGGGUCCUGGUUAUUUGAUGCAAAUUUCCAUCAGUGAGGCCCAUGCUAAGUUCAAUUUAGAAUCAUCAGUCAAAGUUGGACUUGGGCGUUUUGCAGCCAAAAGACCUAGAAAUGUGAGAAAGCUUGCAGAAAAGUUUCGAGAGUAUUGCUGUUGCGUUUACUGUAUGAACGUCAGAAAUAAACUAUUAACAUUAAAUAGAUGUUGUCCAAAGAGCAAAAAGGUGUCAUCUGAAGGAUCAUUACUAAACAUUCUACUUUGUCGGAAGUCUGACAAUGAGAAAUUUUUCAAACAGAAAUGUGUCAACCGAGAAUGUUCUGCAUGCAAUAAUUUUGCAGAAACAUUGAAAAACUACUACAUGGACAUCCCUGAGGAGAAAACAUUCACAUGGGUAAGAUGGGAGUACCAUAGCCAAGAGGGGCAAAAGAAAAGGAUACUCAAGACAAAGAGUGGACAAAAAAGGGAGAAAGUUUACAUGGAUUUGAGUAACAGGAUAGGAAUCCCAGAUAAAACUAUUUUGUUUAGUGACGGUUGCAGUGCACAAUUCAAGUCAAGAGGACCUUUUGGAAUAUUGGCCAAGAUGGACAGAAAAGUGAACAGGAACUUCUUUGGCUCUGAACAUGGAAAAGGUGACUGUGAUGCAGAGAUCGGAGUGAGGAGGUUUUUCUACAUUCCAAAAUCAGAAAUCCAAAGGCAAGGAAAGGAGAACCACACAAAGACUGUGAAAGGAACAAGGAAACUUCACCAAAUAAUAAACAACUCACCUGAAUUGUCAACACUACUUGUCAGAAAUCUUUCCUGCUUCUGCGAGUCUUGUCAGAUGGACAGCCAAGGAUAUUCUUGUGUGAACAAAGAAUUUGUUGCCCCUUUCAAAAAAAUUUACCUCACUAGCAAUUCAGGGGAGCCUGGAAGUUCAAAGAAUAUUACAGAAAGUGCUUGUGAUGAAGGAAAAAGACAACCAAGUCAGAAACAAAGCGCCAACAAAGAAAACAAUUCCAGUAAAAAUGCAGCCAAGAGCACCAAGGAGAAGAAACCAUCCCCAAAAAAGAAGACAAGAAAAAGGACCAGAAAAGCACUUCAACUGGUAAAUGUAACACCUGAACAAUUGUCCAUCGAAGGGGAUGAACGUGUGCUUUUCUUCAGAAACACUCUUUCCAGCCUCCAGAAAUCAUCAUCAUUUGAUGAACUUCAAAGAAGAUGCUUACAUUUAACAGAAGACAAAUAUUUCCGAAGAUGCCAUGUACAAGUGGAUGAUACAGUAACAGUGGUCCAAUCAAAAUUGGUUGCUGAUAAGGUGGCUCUAAGGUUACUGCCUGUAAAUAAUGAUCUAAGCAACAGAUUGCCAGUCAGAAUUACAGGUGAUGGAAACUGUCUGUCCAGGUCGGUCAGUGUCGCAUGUUUUGGCAAUGAGGAACACCAUGAAGAGAUAAGAGUUAGGAUUGUAACUGCCAUGUGCCUGGGGGAAGAAUUGUAUACCAACAAUGACAAUCUACAACAAGGCUUGGAAUUUCCCAAAGGAGAAGGUGAUCAUCUAAGUGUCACAUACACUAUGAUGUCUCAACUGUACACGGCAGGCGAUAAAAUCACACCAUCUGUAAUUAAGAGAAUUUUUAGAGCAGAAGCUAUGGCGGUUGUUAGAGACAAAGAGUACAUGGGAAUAUGGCAGCUCUUUGCACUCGCUGAUAUGCUAGGAAGCACAGUCUUUUCUGUUUAUCCAGACUUGGGGGGACCAGUACCCAAAGCAGUAUUAGGUCGGGAAAUCAACCCUCUUGUUCUGCGACAUAGGAAGCCUCUGUUCAUUAUGUGGACAUCCACUAGAGAAGAUCUACAAAAGGAAAAUUGGAUACCAAACCACUUUGUUCCUCUCAUCCAAGUUUGUGGUCGGAAUGAGAAUUUCACAGAUGACUCUGAUGAAAAUAUUGAGUUGGAUGACAGUCUCCUGGAUACAUUGCUUCAGACAGUUACUGAUUCACAGGAGAUGGAAAGCCCAAUACCAGUAAUAGCCUGUUCACAGGAGCUGGAAAGUCCAAUACCAGUGAUAGCCAGUUCACAGGAGAUGGAAAGUUCAAUACCAGUGAUAGCCAGUUCACAGGAGAUGGAAAGUCCAAUACCAGUGAUAGCCAGUUCACAGGAGAUGGAAAGUCCAAUAAUAGCCUAUCAGGGAAACCAUCAUUCACGGUCUUUGGAAAGUCCAAUAACAGCAAUUUCACAGGCAAUGGAAAGUCCAAUAGCCAGUUCACAGGAGAUGGAAAGUCUAAUAGCCAGUUCACAGGAGAUGGAAAGUCUAAUGGCCAGUUCACAGGAGAUGGAAAUUCUAAUGGCCAGUUCACAGGCAAUGGAAAGCCCAAUAGCCAGUUCACAGGAGACGGAGAGUCCAAUAAAAGCCUAUCAGGGAAACCAACAGUAA